GAUAAAGGGCAAAAGAAACGAAACGUUUUCUCAUUUUUCUUUUUAACUUUUUCUUCAUUCCUCAGUUGCUGCAGUAAAGCUCACACUCCCAAUUAACGCUCCGUAUUCUGUUCUCUGGCAAUCACUCCCAGGAGAAAAAUCAAAAAAUCCUCUGGACCAAUUGUGACAUGGCUGCGGCUACUGAAAGAAAUUAUUACCAGAACCCGAUCCUGAGACGAUUUCCGGCCACUAGUUCAAGCGUAGAUUUGGGCUCAAAAAGGCGCAAAAGGAUAAAAACUGAUGAAGGAAGGGAGUACAAAGAUAGUGCUUUCUCUGCUUCAUGGCGUUUUGAAUCUGAUCAGAGAAGAAAUCGGACAAAUUCAGUAGUUGCAGAUCAUUCUGAUCCAUUCUCUCUAAACAAUCUGCUAGAAGAGUUGGACUCUGGCAAAUAUGGAAGUGUAACUAAAGAUAUAAAGGAGCUUCUCAUGCGGAGGAGGCAGUUACUGGACUCCUUCUAUGCAGUGGAUCCCGAACUUCCAUCUGCAUGUCUUGAUGUGCAAAAUAAAAUGGCACCAAAGACAACUGAACCAGCUGCUUCGAAUGUGAUUGACCUAGAUGAUGAUCAGGAUGCAAGUAGUGUUGCAGUUCAAUGCUUUUAUCCAGCAACACAGCAAUUGAAUAAUGCUGGACCAGUUGUUAUCAUCGAUUCAGACGACGAAGAUGCCAUGGGUCAGAACUGGAGACCCCCUUAUCUGGAAGUUAACUUGAAGAAGCCUUCUGGUAAUCUUCUCAUGAAGGACUUUGUGGACUGGAAUUUUGUUCGAAACCAAAGUUCUCGAGAAGCAGAUGCAUAUGUUGAUGAUGAAGCUGAACCCGCACAUUCUGGUGGUGUAACUGAAACCAUAAAAGAUAAAGGUGAAUAUGUUGGCCCGGAAGAUGAUAUGGAGGAUGAAAGUGGUGAGCUUUCUGAUACAAAUUCUGACGGUCUGGGUGAUAUUUGGAAUGAGAUGACAGUUGCAUUGGAAUGUUCAAAGGAUGCCACUGAAGAUGCUACCCUUGAUGAGUAUGAUGCUGGGGAUGAAGAAGAGUGUGAGCAUUCAUUUAUACUGAAAGAUGAUAUUGGUGAUGUCUGUCGCAUUUGUGGGGUCAUUAGGAGAGGAAUUGAAAAAAUAAUUGAGUAUAAUUUCUCAAAGGGCACAAGGAGUACAAGAACUUACAGAUAUGAAGGACGGACUACCAGAGAGCUAGAUCAAACAGAAAUUUUCCCUGAUGGGUUCAAAUUAUCUGAUGGUGAUUUCACUGCUGCUGAGAUUUGCCCACAUCCACGCCACAGGAAGGAGAUGAAACCCCAUCAAAUUGAGGGCUUUAAUUUUCUUCUAAGCAACCUUGUGACAGAUAAUCCAGGAGGUUGUAUAAUGGCACAUGCUCCUGGUUCUGGAAAAACAUUCAUGAUAAUCAGUUUCCUCCAGAGUUUCAUGGCAAAAUAUCCUGGCGCAAGACCUCUGGUUGUGCUGCCGAGGGGCAUCUUGGCAAUUUGGAAAAAAGAAUUCCUUAGAUGGCAAGUUGAAGGCAUACCUCUAUACGACUUCUACUCAGUUAAAGCAGAUAGCCGUGCGCAGCAGCUUGAAGUUCUGAAGGAAUGGGUCAAAGAGAGGAGCAUAUUGUUUUUAGGCUAUAAGCAGUUUUCCUCUAUAAUAUGUGAUACUGAUGAUGGUCAAGUUGCUGUUGCUUGCCAAAAUUAUUUGCUGAAAGUUCCUAGCAUUCUCAUUCUAGAUGAAGGUCACACUCCUCGGAACCAAGACACUGAUGUUCUGACCUCCCUUGAGAGGGUUGAAACUGCAAGAAAAGUGGUUCUGUCGGGAACGCUCUACCAGAACCACGUAAAAGAGGUUUUCAACAUUUUAAAUCUGGUGCGGCCAAAGUUUCUGAAAAUGGAGACUUCUAAAGCUAUAAGGAGACGAAUCUUGAGCAGGGCAGAGAUUUCCAGUCGAAGAAAUCUCAUGAAACAUGGCAGAGAAAAUGAAUUCUAUGAGUUGAUAGAACACACCCUAAUAAAAGACGAAAAUCAUAUGCGGAAAGUGACUGUAAUACAAGACCUGCGUGAAAUGACCAGAAAAGUCUUGCACUAUUACAAGGGUGAUAACCUGGAUGAACUUCCAGGACUCGUGGAUUUUGCUGUCUUUCUCCGGCUCAGCCCCUGGCAAAAGUCUGAAGUUAAAGAGUUAACGAAAAGCUUGGCUAGAAAGUUCACAAUCAGUGCACAAGGCAGUGCAAUCUAUGUACACCCAAAGUUGAAGGCUCUCGCAAAGAAUUCCGGUGUAAAAGACAGAGUUGAUGAGGAGAAAAUUGAUGUGGUCGUGGAGAAAUUAGAUGUGAAAGAAGGUGCAAAGCUUAAUUUCUAUCUGAAUCUUCUCCAGCUCUGCGAAUCAAGUGCUGAGAAGCUACUUGUUUUUAGCCAAUAUCUUCUGCCCCUGAAAUUUUUGGAGAGAAUGACAGCUAAGGUGAAGGGUUAUAGCGUUGGCAGGGAGAUGUUCAUGAUCACAGGUGACUCAGAUGCUGAGACACGGGAAUCUUCCAUGGAGAAAUUUAACUGUUCACCUGAAGCUCGGGUGUUUUUUGGUUCAAUACGAGCAUGCGGUGAAGGAAUAUCCCUGGUGGGGGCUUCACGCAUCAUUAUACUGGACGUGCAUUUAAACCCCUCUGUCACCCGCCAAGCAAUAGGACGAGCAUUUAGACCUGGCCAGGUGAAGAAAGUAUACACAUAUAGACUAAUCGCAUCUGGCUCACCAGAAGAGGUGGAUCAUAUUACCUGCUUCAAAAAGGAAUCCAUAGCCAAGAUGUGGUUCGAAUGGGAUCAGUGUAGUGGUCACCAAAACCCUGAGAUGGAGACCGUCGAUGUCAACAAUUGUGGAGACAUCUUUCUGGAAACUGCACGAUUAAAUGAAGACGUGAUAUCUGUCUUCAAAAGGUAAAUGCCAAGAAAAAGUUCAUGAUUUAUUCUUGUCAAGGAUCUCAAGCUUCUCAGCUAUGACGUUGCUGCAUUGCUCGUUGAUACUGAAGACGAAUAUCUAGCUAUGAAACUGUUAAUAUGUUCAGUGGAGCAUUAUGAAUUUUCCUGAACAUGAAAUCAUAUUUGUGAUUUUGGAUCUGGUUCUACUAUCUUCGAGACAUUUUGUAUAUUAUUAGCUAAACAAGGUUGCUGUAUAGCUAGGUCUAUGCAUAUGAACUUGUGUCAGUAGUCUUGGAUUUGCAUGGGUUAAGCUAAUCUUUUCUUCUGCC